AUUGUUGUACUCUUACAAUAUGGCUGCCUGCUCUGCGGCAGCAAGUGAGAUGCUACAUAACAUGAAAAAACAAAUAUCGUUAUUAUAUCCAAAGGCGUCGUGUGUGAUAAGACGAAUAAGUACAUCAUGUUUAAGAUGCGACAGUCAGCGGCAGGUCAGAGCUCAAAGGUAAGUAAAGCUGCCGGUGUGACAUCUUUGUUUCAGGUCUUCUUUGACCUGAUACACUCCAACAAACCUGCAUAUGAGGUAGUAGUGAACGUUCAGUUCACCUCUCGUAGUGGCGCAGGUACACAUCAUUACUUAGCAAAAUACUUUGGACAUUUAGCAGUACCCGACAUAAUUUAUUUUAUUUUAUUUUUGUAAUUUAUUUUUGUCAUAAAAACAAAACUUGUCUCAUUUCGUAACAUCUUUAUAAGUUAAGAUAUGUUCUGGUUAAACAGUUGAGUUAAGACGUAUGCCCAUCAAAGCGGAAGUGCUGUUGCCAUGGUUUCCACAGCUGGAGCAGUUUUGUGGAUGUCUGUUUUCUCCAUCACAGUGUGAUUCCCUUUAGCUCAAAGUGGUACCUUGUGAAUUAAGUGUAACAUUGUAAUAAAGUUAGCGCACAUAUGCAAAAAUAUUUUCUUCUUUUCUUUGGUUUUAAUUAGUUGUGAAGAAGGUUUAUAACAGACACUAUGCCACAGCAAAGUAAACAAGCACUAAUUUUAUGUAACCCUGCCUCAUUUUGUGUGACAGCUCCCAACCUGAUGAAUCCCUUAUCUUGCUAAGUUCUUACUUUUCUGACAUCUACAGUCAUCCAUAGUUUUUUUUUUCUUUCUGUCAUACCAUAAGUUUUAUACAGCUUAUAUGUACACCUACGAAUCGAUGAGUUAUGACACCGUGUAAAAGGUUGACCUAUUGAAAAUAAUAGUUUGCAUAUUCAUUUUAAACCUAUAAUAAUUCCCAAAUAGUGCAAAAAACAACACACCAACUGUGAAGAGUAAAAAAUAUCAAUUAUUUAUAAUACAUUGCUUAUUUUUUUAAUUGAUGCCAGCGACACAUUCAACAUUUUAGGGAGGGGCAUGCUCAUCAUUGAGUUACAUUUCCUUUUCUUUUAAGAACACUGUGUAACCUUCAGGACUGAGGAAACCAAUUUCUGAAAUUCUAAAAGAACAUUUUGACACAUUCUUGCCUGGCCUACAAAUUCAGUUUCUCACUAAAGGGUCUCCCAUAUCAUAUUGAGGUGAUACUGCAGGCAGACCACUUAAGCACCUGAAAUCUUCUACUGCAGUGCCAUACUGCUGUAAUACAUGCAAAAAGAAAAUGUAGUUUGGCAUCUUCUCACCAAAAUUUGUAAGGUCUAUUUUUUUAGUGCACAGUCUGUCGCUCUAAAUCCUUGAAUUUUUAGCUUCUGUGAUGCCUUUUCCAAUGUGUUAAAUGCAAUCGAACAUAUUAUUUAAAUGAUUUCAACACCACCAUGUUUUGUCUUUAUCAACAUUUACCCUCAGCGUUCAGGUUAUUCUGGAGAUGGGAUCGUAUAUCAAUCACUGUUGAUGUAUUCCAUGUGUCAAGUUCAGAUUUAACCACUGGGCUGAGAGGUUAAGACUGUCAGUAUGAAUAUUUUUUCUUCUUCUUUUUUAGUUUUGCAUUUGAAUCGAUUCAGGCAUGAGAAAUGUGUGACUUAAGCACAAAAUAAACUACCAAACAGUUCCCUGUUGUUGAAGAGGUUUUAUGGUCAGUAUCUAGUUUUAGGACAGUGCUUGUGAGUUAAUUAUUCAUAGGCUUCAAUAAUUUUAUUCCAUUACAUUGCGUAUUGUAAAUUUCCACAGAGGGUAGGAGGGGUGUUUCCAUAAUGGUUAAAGAGGCCAUGCUUGACACAAUAUUACCAAUGUUGGUCUAAUAAACAGCUUCUUUCCUCGACACCUACAUUUCUCAUUUCUCUAAGCAGAGCGUCAUCCAAAGUAAACUGUUUUUAUGAGUAAUAUUCUUGGAGUUACCCUGAGUUAACCUGAAGUCAAGCAUGAAAUUAAAUCUAGAAGAAAUUACCACACUGUUAGAUGACGUUAAUCCAACAAAAGAGAGAGAAGAUGUCGUGAAGUAGUUAACGGGUCUGUAGAAUAAUACAAAUUGAUUUAACCAUACAGCUGGGAGGGGUGCAUGGCUUUGUGGUACCAUGGUGUGCACUAGAUUGUGGACUCAUGGCUCUUUUUAUUACUUUGUUUCUAUCAUUUUUUCCUGUGCCAACACAAUAGAUGCUCAUCGCCUGCUUAGACAUAAUGUGUAGUCAGCCAGACAGAAACAAGUACUUUCCUUUUUCAUGGUACACUGCUACUUUUCUCGCUGAUUUUCUGGCUUAUCUUGCUCCUCCCCGCAUCAGUGCACCCCAGCAGCUGGUCGGAGUUGUGGGCCUGGAAAUCCAUGCCCAGAUUAACUCCAACACCAAGCUAUUCUCCGGCUCAGCGGUUUGCUUCUCAGCACCUCCAAACUCCCUGGUGUCAUCCUUUGAUGCAUCCUUACCUGGCACAUUACCCGUAAGUGUUGUCUACCAUGUUUCAAACAAAGUUAACCUGUUGCCUUUUAGAUUGCUUUCAUGUCAGGUCAUCUGGUAAUGCUCCUGUAUGUCCCCAGGUCCUGAACAAACGAUGUGUGGAAGCAGCAGUGAUGACAGGACUGGCUCUGAACUGCACCAUUAACAAGAAGUCACUUUUUGACAGGAAACACUACUUCUACGCUGACCUUCCUGUGAGUUUUUCACUCCCUUUUCUCACUGUCUGUGUACGAACUAGAGUUUAAUAGGUGGUGGGAUGACAGCAGAGGCACCACUGGGGGUACUUCGUUUAACAAACAACAGAGUAGAGACACUAUUGUCCUGCACAUCAUGCUGCAUCAUUGCUUUUUCUCUCAUGUAAGCUGCCUUCACAAAACUCCCAGUGAACUCUCCCCACCAUCAGCUCUAAUUGAAAUUGUGAACAACUCUCGCUGAAGCAGCAGAAAUGUUAUUUGUUACACAUACGGACAAAUAACACAGAAAGCUGUUAAAGGGAAUGACCAGUGUUUGUUUUUUUUCACUUAACAACUCAUUUCCGACUACACCUCGAUCCUGAGCAUUAUCAGGAUCAUUUCAUUCACUGUACUGAGAUGAGAUUUCUUUUUCUUCCCAUAAUUCAGAUAAUUAUUACAGUCACAAUAAACCUUCGGUGAUGUUUUCUGGACAAUUUUGUGGUUGAAGAAAGUUCAAUUGUUACCGCCUGAUAUGAUAAUAACUAGGGCUAGGACGAUAUGCUUUUCCUCCGAUUUGAUUCUUAUAUAAUAUUUUUGGAUUUGGAUUUAAAUUGCGAUUCAAGACUAUUGUCGAUUUUCUCGAUUUUUAAUCUGCAUUUUUAACCCCAGUGAAACAGUUGAAUGAUUAUGAUUGUCUACUGACUAUUUCAGGAAUCAUAUUUCCCCAAAAAAUACACAACGCAUGUAAGUCAGUUUUUAAGAUUUAUUCUUAAAUACAUUUAAAAAAAACGAUUUUUGAUCAAAAAAACGCUCAAAAAAUUAUAAAACAAAAAAAUGCGACACUUGUGUGAAUCAAAUUUUUCUCCCACCCCUAAUAAUAACAUUAGAGUAAAUUACUGCAUCAUUUCCCAACCUGAACACAUCCAUGUAUUUUUCAAAAAUCAUGCCACUUACCAGUAAUAGGAAGUUGCUGCUUUAACUGAACCACUCCCAAAUACUCUCUGGUUCACUGAAUUCCUCAUCGCGUUCACCGUCAAACAGGACGUGGUUUUAUGAAGGGCUUAAAAAACUUUAAAGUCACCAAACAUGACAAACAGUAAACAGGACAUAAGAAAUUUUAAGACAGUUAAUGUUGGCUUCACAUUCCCCACAUAAAAGUUGAUGCUGCUCUGUAACUGUCAUAUGCUUAAAUUAGCAAUGUUUGCUUUAAAAAUUGCACUACAUCAAUUUACAUACUAAAAUAUUUAUUGUAUCGUCUAUUCAAAUGCCCCCUAGAGGCCAGAACUAGUAUUGUGGCAUUAAAUUUCUCUAAUCGCUGUGCUCAAAUCAUCCUAAGUAGGAGAAGCAGGAGAGAUGUGUUUGCAAACAUUCAGUCCAGUGGUCAUGAAAGGACUGCACAGUUGGUAUAUUUCUGGUAAACAUCAUGUCACAGUGGCUUAAUAGCUGUCUGGUAAGGUAGAGGUCUUGGUAAUCCUACAAAAAUUCUCUGUAAUACAAAUGUUUUCAUUUAACAGGCUUACCCAAGUGAUGUUCACUUUGUUCUCUGUAAUGGACUGCUUUGAUGGACAGGUUUCACCGCUGCUCAGAGCCUUUGGGUAAUUUUACUGCCAUUAUGAGUGACAUUUUGAGGGUUAGAAGCAGAAGACAAAAUGUCACAAAAACUCCACAGAGACCUCCUCUCAUGUGUUCAGAAAUGCACAGUGAAAAAAAAGGUUUCGUUGAAUUUUGCAUUUGUAAUUUUCAAAAUCUGUCUCUUUGUGGGAACAACUUCAGGCAAGGUAAUAGAUUUUCUCUUCCUUUAGUAGAAUUUUAGAAACCGCACAAAAGGUGGGCUAAAAAGAGAGCACCCUUAUGAAGAAGUAGCUGGGAAUAUAGAGAAGAAGAGCUUAAGCAGGUUUUUUUAUGGCCCCGUUUAUAUCACUGUAUAUAACCCCUUUUUUGAUAUUUCUCAUUAGUUUCUGCCCUGACAUCAGAGCCGCCUUGCAACAAGAUGUCAUUGAUAACUGCAGUGGAAUUACCUAUAGAUUAUAUUAAAUGUUGUUUUCCCCGUGUAUUAUUUCCCAGACUUAGUGGUUAUCACAAAGUUGCAGCAGCACACACUUUAAUCACCAUGGUAAGGAUACAUUAUCUCACCCCAGGAGGUCCGUGUCUCUUGGAAUUCCUGCAACAAUCCCCUCCAGAAGUGCAGGGAUUACCUUUUGGUUCCUCUUGCUCUAUUGUGUGUUUACCCAAGAUUGCAUCACCUCCCUUGGAAUAAAUCUCAGCAGUUGACACACAGCAGGGGGGAUAAUACCGGAUUACACUUUUUAUUUUUCUCAAAGGUUUACCAACAUCUCAUGCCAGCAGGUUGAGUCUGAACUUUUAUUUGAGUUUGAAAUUGACCGUGUGUCCCUGUGCAAAAUACCUGCUGUUGCACGGCUGAUAAACGUUUACUCUGGAUUACUUUCAUCAGCUGCUCAGGAACAGAGAGCUGCCCCUUGUGUGUUGUGCAUCAAACUGCUUGAUCAGAUGAAGUCAAAGUGGCUUAAAUCGCGCAGAUGAUGGAACAUUUUUCACAGUCGACUCAAACUUUGAGUGUAAUCCAUGCUUGUAAUAUUCAAACCAGCCGCAGAUGUGAGGCAGAAAUCAUCCUGCCCUUGAAAAAUACAUUUGUAAAUUGCAUUGUACAUUAUUGAUAUGUUCCACUCGAACUCCCUGAUUGCAUUUUGUAAAACACCACGGUCGCUCAUUAAAUGAUUUAUGCUCCCACCCAAACAGCAUUCCCUCUUUCAAUGGAGACACAUACAUAAAGUUUUUAACGGCUUUUAAUAACAUGCCUCAGCAGCUCUACACUAACAGACCAGCUAAAGCAAAUAAUUGGAAUUUCCUUGAGAUAUUAAGUGUACAAAUAAACAGACGUGACUUUGGCUGGGGAAGCUAUGACAUGUGUUAAUGAGAGUUUGAAUGGAUGGUUUUGCGACCUGUGUGGGAAGCUGCAAAGAAGAUCAGUGGGCAGGAGCAAGUAAUGAGGUGACCGACGGAGGCUGGUUUGUGUAGAGACUUUGAAAUGAGUCAGAAAAUGACUCAGCAGCUCACAGUGUGAAAAUGAGUUUGUGUAUGUGUGUGUUAAAUCCUGUAAGUACAGUACGUGUGCUGGCAUGCAUCGGUAACUUUGGAUACGGCUCCUCAUUAGGGCUGCUCAAUCUGCUGUCAGGGUGUUAUCUGGGGAACUUAAUGUGACAACCCAGAUCUUAUUAACAUUACAUUUGCCUCACCCUGGAAUAUUGCAGACUUUGGGUGAUUUCUUAUAAGGAAAUGCAAAUGAUCGUCCCUUUCACUCUGUACAAUGUUGCUGCAGCUUUAUCUUGCUGAAGCAAUAUUGACAACCACUGAGAAAAAACUCAGAAAAAGGAAGGAGCUGUAAGUAAGAAACACAGGAUUUCCAAGAAGCUGCUACAGCUCUCACAAAAUCCAGCAGAUUUAAAGAUGACAUCUACCAUAAAGAAAAGAAAUUGAAAAACGAAAACCCCCAAUAGUCUGAUUUUUCCUCUGUUAGAGGAGGGAGUGCUGAGGAGAUUGAUUGUGUAGAUCAGACACAUUGCAUAUAAAGCCAGCGACUCCCUUCUCCCACACUCUCUUUAGCAUAAGUAUGAUAAAUGCGUAGUUCCUGUGAUGUGGUUGCCAUAGUAACGUGUGGAAUUAAAACUUGGGGCUGCAGAUUCUUUUAGGAGAAGAGGAGCAAGUGAAAUAUUUAUUCUUACGGUUAAGUGAGGAGAAACCUGGAGUGAAAUGGCAGCAUUCCUGCUGCAUGACAACUACGGCGCAGCCAAUCAGGAAGCACCGUGCUUAAUUGAUGCUUCCUCCCUGACCUUUACAUAGACUCAUGACACUGACUGUAGAAUAUUCAUCACUGGUAUGUCACUGAAAUGUUGGAGUCUGAAUUGAAAACUCUGAGAACACAUGUUUUACAUCCAUAACCUCCAAUGUUUUUUAUCUACUCUGUAAAGAAAAGAAUCUUUUGGUUACACAAAAUGAGGGAAAAUUCAAUACAGAUACUUAAAUAAACCAGACAAAUAGAGGAAUUUUCGGAAAAAAAACUAUUCUACAUGUUCUUUUCUAAAACCUAUUAACAAAUUUUGAUGCAUAUUAAGAUGGAAAACUUGCUUUUACUAUCCCGUUUCACAGAAGUGAAGAUAAAACAGCACUGCAAGAGCAUCAUACUCAACAGAGAUGCCAGUCAUGUUGCUAUAACAUUUUUUGUGAUAUUGAUAAAAAAAAAAACUUGGAGAAAAGACACUAUUAUUGAAAUUAGAAAGAGCAAGACAAGGGCGGUGAAACACAUGACUUAAAAUUUUAACUAAUAAAUGCAAUUGAUGUUUUUCCAUGAAUUGACACUAAACAUGAAAAUAAAUAAUGUUUGAUUGAUUGAUUGAUUGAUUGAUUGAUCAUCCUUUUCUAAUGAAAUAUGUUUUAUCUGUGUCACCAAGCCCAUGAAAGACACUUCAAAUUAAACUACAACUCACUGUCCUCUUCUGCGUGUGACUCUGCGUUACAUGUUUUUCACAAACAUCCCCUCUUUUUUACAAAAUUCAAAACAACCUCUGAACUGGUGAGGAAACUUUUUUUAGUAGAAGAGUAGAGUACCUUAUUCCCAUCCAUCAUUUUCUCUAACAUAAAUUGCUAUACAUAGGGGUAAGGCUAGCUGGCAAGCUGGAUUCUGAGUAUUCUUUUUCUGAGACUGCUGCUGCUUCUUCAUCCUCCCACUUUUAUAUAGGGGAUGGCAGCCUUAAAGAACCCCUUCCACCUCUUACUAUGAAGCAAGUAGUUAUUACCACAUGCUUAUUUUAAGUACUACAAUAAUGUGCCAUAGGAAGAACUGAAGUUAAUGACAAAAACAAAGUGUUUGAUUUUAUAGUUUGUCCCAUGUCCCAUCUGUUAACAUGGGGGAGGCAGGUUUUAUUGCAGCCAGUCAGGAGGGGGAGCUCUAACUGUCUUGGCUUUCCUUUCAUGCUGCAGUUAUGCUGUUCAUUAUUAUUCAUAGAGUCUGUGGGACACACACUUAAACUCGCUAGAAUUGCGUCUAAUAAUAUCUGCAUUGUGGUCGUUUAUCUUCAUCUGGAUUUUGGAUCAUAAUUGCUCAGUCCAUUUCAAAGUAAAUACCAUCUAAAAAGGGCCGUCUUUUAUACAAGCGUCAAGCAUGGCAUUGUGCAGUUAUUUCUGAUUGGUACAUUGUUGGAAUUUUCAUUAUUCAUACUGGUGCAGCAUUAUGUCCUCUAUUAAGCACUCAGCCUUACUGCCAAGAGUUUUAUAGCACCGAGUUUCCUCAUAUCAGGGUGAUGUACUUUUUGUAUUAAAUCCAGGCCGGAUACCAGAUCACUCAGCAACGGCAGCCCAUCGCAGUCGACGGCACGCUGACUUACAGCCUGCUCGGAGGGAAAAAGAGAAACCAGGUGAUCAGGAAAAAUGUCACCAUCAAACAGAUUCAGCUGGAGCAGGACAGCGGCAAGAGUCUGCAUGAUGACCUCCACAGUCAGACUUUAAUUGACCUCAACAGAGCAGGUAGUGUGGAGAGCAUGCACGAGUGUGUGGCUUACAAUUGUCGGAGAGGUCAGAGGGUUUCCAGUAGCUUUAAUAACUUUUUUUUCUCUCAUAUGCAGUAGGAAGAAACAUUGAAUUGAUUUUUAAAUGUGUUUCUGUAGCCAAAGACUGAAAAAACUGUGCAGCUGAACAAAUGCUCUGUUUUCUGCUGCUUAAAUAUUUCAUAAAUACAGUCAACAAAUACGGAAAAGUCCUUUCUUUUUUACUUUUUUAUCUUAAGUAGCUGUUAAUAAGUGAUAACCAAAACCUUUUGACAAAAGUAUUAAUACAUUUUAUUCCCUUUUUAAACUUUUGUUGAUAGAAAUUAUAGAAAUGAAUGUGGACCAGCUUCUCUUUUACAAGAAAGCAAAUGUUCAGACAGACAUACGCUUUAUAUUUAUACGGGUCAUUUCUCUUGAGCUUUGCUGCAAAAUUCCAUGGAAUAGAUACCCCUGAGAUGUUCAACGCAGCUGUCUCCACAUGCUUCAGGUGUAGGCCUAAUGGAGCUGGUGAUGGAGCCAGACAUGAGCUGUGGAGAGGAGGCUGCUGCAGCUGUCAGGGAGCUUCAGCUCAUCCUGCAGGCCCUGGGCACCUGUCAAGGCAACAUGUCAGGUAAGGAUAUCACUCACUGUCAUUGUCUCUUUGCCUGCCUGAUUUUAUUUUCAUACCUGAGCUGAGCUGCUGUACCCCUGUAGUAUGGAGGAGAUUUCUCACCAAGCAUGUAUUUUUUAUCACCUUCGCCUACAGAGGGACAGCUGAGAGUGGACGCCAAUGUGUCUGUCCACAAACCAGGCGAGCCUUUGGGGGUCAGGGCCGAGGUGAAGAACAUAAACAGUGUACGAUACCUGGCCAAGGCUAUAGGUAAGCAUCGAAGACAAUGAGUUUUACUUUCAGGGAGGAUUACAGGAUGAAUCAAAUACUUCUGAAGAAAUCUCAGCUGGCUGAAUCAUCUGAAACUUGGACUGUGUGUUUGAAGUUAGGAGUGUGUUACUGCACAAACUGGAAGUAAAAUAUAAGUAAUAGUGAAUUCUUGAACCUAAUUAAUGACAGUUUAUUUUCUCAAGCAUAGUACUUCCAAAGUUUUCUAUCAAAAUCCAUGUACUGGUGACUCUGAGGCUAAAUACACUAUAUAUCUCAUUUUUCAGCCGUUUUUGUUACUUGUUAUAAUCAAUAUAACAGAGAAUUUUUAAUGUAAGAGUAUUUUUUUAUUAAAGAAAAUCUUAUCUUGUUUCUUUUUAAAAGUCACAUUUAUCAUUCAUAUGAAUAUUUGCUGUGAAAAUGUGGACAAAGGCUCUUUCUAUUUCAAAUUCACACCUCACUCUUGUUGCCCCAUGGCAGCAGUUACAGGAAUAGAAAAUCACUGAAUGGUGAGUCUUGUUGCUGAUGGUCUGCUUUGCUAUUUUGGGUCAAAAAGAGGCUUCAGUGUCGAUUUUAGUCUGUUUGUAAAUCAGUGAAAAUCUCACAGGAGCUUUUAGCACAGUCAUAACCACUUACAACAUUAAAAUGCAGAAUAAAUGUGAUAAAUAUAAUCUUUAGGUGUAUAUUUGAAUAUCACAUCUGCAUUUGGUUACUCUAUUUCGAGUAACCAAAUGCAGUGUUGCACUACUUAUAAAAAGCAAUAAAAGCAAUAUUCGUCUUACUCUCAGACUCCCUUUCCAAUUCAGUAGGACCCUAUUUUGGUAGGUGAAAAUAUUCUUUACUGCUACCAAAUUCCUGCAUCCUAAGAAAUUAUUUAAAAUUUAAUUCCAAAAGCAACUAAAAAAAAAAAAUAGCAACAAGUUACUCUGCAAUAUGCAAAUGCUAAACUUUAAAGCAGUGGUUCUCAAGUCCAGUCCUCGAGCCCCCCCUGUCCUGCAUGUUUUGGAUGUUUCCCUGCUCCAACACACCUGAUUCAAAUGAUCAGCUCGUUAUCAAGAUCUGUAAUGGCUUAAUAACGAGCUGAUCAUUUGAAUCAGGUGUGUUGGAGCAGGGAAACAUCCAAAACAUGCAGGACAGUGGGCCUCGAGGACUGGACUUGAGAACCGCUGCUUUAAAGUAUGUGUUGGUGAAGAAGAAAAUGAGGGGGAAAUAUGACUCGUCAUGAUAUGUUGUGUUUUUGUUUCAGUCUUGUCAUUCGGUCGGGGUUUAUUGUCAGCCUUAGGUGUACCUGGCAGUCCUUUUUACAAACUUUGCCAUACUUAGCUAGCAGUGUGAACUCUGUGCAGUGUUUCAUACAGUCUCGCGGCACCCCUUUUGCCGUACCUCCAGGCACGCCCACCAGUUUAAGCAUCACUGCCCUGAGCUCUCAUUUGUUUUCUGUAGAAGAGAAAGGAAGUUUGAUAUAAGUUGACAAAACUUGUGGAGCAUAAGUGCAGGACUGACAACUUAUCACAAACAAGUAGUGAUCUGAGCAUGUGGUGCUGAAUCGGCCUCUCACUUAAAACAAAAAUAUACAGUUUCUCUCGACUCAGCUUUCACUGACUGUGGAUUGAGCUCCUCUUAAAUAGCAGAUCAAGGAAAAGUACAGCCUGUUACAUGCAGGAUUUAAGGCCUGGCUUGACAUACCACGGCACUGUGCUUAAAUUAUUUAUCAAUAAAGUUGUUAAACAUUUACUGCUGCUGAAUCGGUAUUUAAAAGUCAUGUAGAAAAACAUCAUUUGUCACAGUUAUAAUGUGUCAGCAGUCACAGACUUGAUGACUGCCAGUGCAUCCCGGCAGAUGUUUGGCAUUUACCUCACACAAUUAUAUUUGUGUGUACUGGAGUUAUUGAAUAAACUGUCUGUGUUUGUGCUUGUUUGAUUUUUUUUACACCACCAGACUUCGAGAUCCAGAGACAGAUCGAUGUCCUGCAGAGAGGCGGGACGGUGCAAAAUGAGACCCGGGCAUAUGACUCCAAAUCAGGGUAAGAGGAUGACAGAGCAGGGCCACAACAUGAUGCCAGACUUCAGCUGCUACAACCCCCUCUGCCUGGGAUCUGUGCCUGCUUCAUUAGUCUCGAGCUCUGCUGAGGAGGCACCAUCAUAGUAAUCAUGAUGAAUAGAGCCAUUUGGAUGCUGCUGUCACCCUGUGUUAUCUGUGAGCGGUGUGUUACUCACAGGUUUUAUGAGCUCUUAGAAUGAGCCAGCUCGCACACAGCUGAGGCCUUGAUCAUCCUCUGGUGCUCUACCUCCUUCUCAUGUGGCCGUGCAUGUUCAGGAUGCACGAUGAAGCAGAUGAUUGGCUGAUUUUUCCUCACCCCUGAGAGACUGGCCAAUUAUUUGAUGAUACUUGUUUAUAUAUUUAUCCAUUUUUUUGUGAUCAGCUGUGAUACAACUUGAAGAUUUGACUGACUAGAGGGUUCUAGUCACUGGUUGAUUUGCUGAUGAUUAUAGAGACAAACAAUUUGGCGUAUAAUUUCUCAGGAAAAAAAAAAUGGUUUAUACAUAUUGCAGUUUUCCACAAUGGGAGCUAAUAGGAUAAAAAAAACCUUGUUUCGUCUUGCCAAAAUCCAAAGAGAUUGUGUCUACGACUGCAGGAAACAACCAAUUUGAGGUAUUUUUGCUUAAAAAAUGAACUCCACUUUUACAUGAUUCUUAGAUUUACUGCUGCUUGAUUAUCUGUUGAUUAUCAUUUUGAUUAAUGUGUUAAAAUGCUGUGGAACCUUUGCUGUAAAUCCUUUAAUGCAUUUUAGAGGCGCCAGCUUAGAUUUGUUGGGUGAGCAGGCGCUACAGUCUUCAGCUCUCAGACAUCCUUUGGUGUAUGUCUAUCACCCUCUCCUCCCACCAUUUCUCAUCACUCUCUAGCUGUCCCAUUAAAUGUAACCCAAAAUGAACAUCUAGUAUAUAUUUUUAUUCAAGAUCCUUACUGUCUAGAUUCUGUGUAUUUUUAGAUGGAAUUUAGACGUUGCACUUGAACCCAGCAGCUGUGAGUUGCAUAACUGAACUCCAAGUACUUAACCAAAAUAAUCAUGAAAGGUGUUGAGCAAUAUACAGUGUAGUAUAGAUAUAGCUGUGUUAGCUGGCUAGUCUGAACUUGGUCUAAAUUUAGACCCCUAAAAAAACUUUUCAUUUUUAGACCUGUGGUAGCCUGAUUUUAGACCAGUCGUGAAGGCUACAUUUAGACGUCUAUUAGACCAAAAAAUCCUUAGUAGGAUACUAAAAGUAGGAUAUUUUGCGAACUUAGACCCACUUACGAAAUUUUUGAUACUUUACAGUACUAUAUGUGUGUCCAAAUGUUCAGGAACAUGCUUGAUUUGUUUUUUCUUGCAGCUGCGGUCAUGUUUCUCAACGCCUGCUAUGUGUGUUGUCGCUCUGCCCUCUGUCACAGUCACUCCACUGCUCUCCUCAUUAACAGUUUAGCAAAAACCAAUGUUUGUUAGGUCAAUUUAAGAUCAAGGAAGGACACACAUUUUAUAUUUAUGUUAGUUGGCAAAAGGGAGGGACAGGGAUGUCAUCAGGGCUUUAUAUUUUCUUUUAGUCUUGAUCUGUGGACUGUUUACAGAGAUUCACAGCACUGUUUUACUGGUUUCAGUCCAAAAAUGUUGAAUUGUUACAACCCUGCUUAUAAAUAAAUGGAAAUCCUUUUUUACAUGUGAAUCUGUAUCCCCAGAGAAACCAUUCCUAUGAGGGACAAAGAGGGUCUUCAAGACUACAGGUGAGUUCUCAUUUGUCAUCUCUCUUUUUAUUUAUGCUUGUAUUGUUAAGGAAACUUUAAUUUUGACAUCAAAUUCUCUCUUAAGUGGAUGCUCUGCUCCCAGUGGAGGCUUAAAUGGAUUGAAGUAAACAAACAUCUCUCUGGUUUGAACCUGAGUUAGUGCAUGUGUGCGUUUAGCGUAGGGGGAGGAGAGAUUGAUCGACAGGUUUAAGGAUGAUAGAGCCGAAUGAUAAGAGGACUAUUAGUGCCUAACAAAAAACCGACCACCUCUCCUCUGAGAUUAUCAGCACUGCUGAUAAAGCAUCCACCCUCUCUCCCCUUUUUUUUUUUCCUUUCCUGCACUCCAGAUUUAUGCCAGAGCCCAACCUGCCCCCUCUGAUUGUUUACGAGGAUAACACAUCGCUGCCCGCUGGCGUUGAUGCGAGCCAGGCGGUGGUGGUGCAGAAGAUAAGAGAAGGGCUGCCAGAGCUACCCAGUGUCAAAAGAGACAGGCUGGUGCAGACUUACAACAUCCUGCCGGAGCAUAGCUUUACUCUGGUGGUGAGUUUAUGAGAGUGUGAAGGGCAAAAAAAAUAAUAAAAUGAGAGGAGUUGAUGCCCUUACUGGGUCUGCUUUUUGCAUGUUUUUCUUUUUAAUUGCAAUCUGAUCCACUCUGAGCUCCACUUGGACGAUAGAGUCUGGAUACAGUUCAGUGGGCAGUUGUGUACUGCUGUAGUCUACUGAGCUGAUUUAUCCUAAUUAGAUAAUAUGCAUACAAAGAACUUUAUGGUGGUCUGUUGCAGAAUGAGGACGGGUUGGUGGAGCACUUUGAGGCAGUGCUGAGGGCGACAAAGAAGGAGCCCAGGAAGGUGAUUGGCUGGGUGACAAAUGAGCUCCUGGGUCACCUCAAACAACAAGAUAUGAGCGUGAGCCAGAGGUGAGACUCACUCACACACACACACACACACACACACACGCAUGCAUGCACAACCAUCCAGGUCAGUUCUACAGCAUUCGCACAACGCCAACACAGCUCCCGAAUGCAGCGCUAUUCUGCUGCAAACGUUCAGGUCUUUAGAUGUCAGCGCCCCAGAACAAGACCCCUCUGUGCCUCGCUCUCUUUGUUCCUUUUGAAUGUUUUAUCUGAGAGGUGAUUUGAGUUGUGGGAGGAGGAAAAAAAAGAACAUGCACAGAUAGAGGUUUCCAUGGGGAGAAGGUGUAACUGUAGCUGCUUUCUGCUGGGGAGUCAGCGGGUCGUGAGAUAUUUCUCUCUGGAUUUCUCAAACUUUUGGCAAUUUUUAUCAAAUAAUGGAAACUUUUUCAGCCCAAAGACUACACUGUCUAAGAAAGCAUCCUGAAAUAAAAAAAAAAGUCCAAUCUAUCUCUAUGGCCUCCAAAAUAACGGGUGUUGAGAGCAUAGACUGCGAAAACAUGGAAGUAGUCUUAAUGACAAUAUCCUCUGCAUUACAAAGCUAAUUGAUGACGGUCACCAUAGUUGGGAUACUUGCUCACUGCGCAAUGCAACGUUGAAAUGACAUUUAUUUAACGUAUUUUUUCGACAAAAAAAAGGUACAAAUUUGGACGUCAUUUCAACGUCUUGAAGAGGUCCAAUAAUAACGUCUAAAUCUUGGAUCCAUUUUGUACAUUGUGCCGGCAUCUAGAUUUGGUCUUCAGAUGACGUCGAAAUUCUAAACAUCAGAGUGACGUCCAAAAAAGGUCCAAUAUGGACGUCGAAAUUUCUAACCUAUUUUGCACGUCCUACUGACGUCUAGAUGUGGUCUUUGACGGACCGACCCAAUACUGACUUGAUCUGCACGUCUCUUCGACGUCCGAUGUUUGGUGGAUGUUCCUCCUUAUUUCCAACUGGAACUAUAAAUAACCACACACACACACAUUUUGUGUUAUCUUCUGUGUAAAUAUGGUACAAAUCCACAAGAACAACAGCAACCAUAUACAGCAAGUAGGAGAUGUCAUCCCAAAUGGAUUAACACCACAUGAUCAUUCAAUCCUCAGUAAAUAAAAGAAGGCCAAAAACAUUCAACACAUGGAGCAGUUUGGAUAAGAAGAUGGUCUGGUGGCAGCUUACAGCAUUGGCAUGUAGGACUGAGUGAAGAUGGAGUCAGACUGAUACUGACUAAAUUCACUCAGUGGCCAAAAGAGCAGGACAGCAGGGCAUAGCAUGCACAUAAACUGCAGGAGCUUGGCUAACAAGAGCUGCCCAUAAAGUCAGUGAUAAUUCAUGUUGUCACUAAAAUUUACAAACUCUUGUCAAGAGCUCUUGUUAUCCUGACACUUACUACAUAUGGCAUCAUGUCUUCCCUGCAUUUUCUCACAGCAGUGCUGUGAUAGUGGGGAAAAAAACUUCAUAUUAUCUAAAUGAGAUAUCUAGGACAAGAAGUAAACUGUCUAUGCCUGACACCGACGAGCCCACAGUCUAUGGAGAAACAAGAGGCAAAAUUUGGCACGAUGAGGGCCUGUGUCCUCUGGAUCUUUCUUUAUCAAUUAAUUAUAUUCUUAAGCUGGCAGCACUUAUUUUCUGCACUAAACCACACACUUGGGCAUCAACUGUCCAAUGCACUGUCGACAUAGGCUGAUUUUUCGCAGUAUAUUUUGCACCAAAAAUAAAAAAGUUCAUAUAAAGUCCAGAGUUCAACCUCUGUAUUGAGAAGUGCUGCAAAGUUGUUUGUGGACACAGGCCCUUAUACUGAUGAUUAUUAGGCUGUGAUAGACAGCCAGUGAGCGCUUGUUUGUGAAUGAAUGGAGCAGCUAAUAUGAGUCAGCUUCUGUAGGGGGAAUUCAGCGCUCUCAUAGCUGUUGACACGCUCCUUUCUCAGUGACAAUGAGGGCACAGUGAAGUUGUCUCCUGACUUUUAUGAAUGUGGCCUUGUGGGGUUGUUGUUUUUUCCUGGUAUACACAGACUGGCCUCGAUCUGAGCUUAAAUCAAAUAAAAAGAUUGUCUUUGUCUUUAAUCACAGCAAGUUGCACGGCAGCAAAAAUCUUCAGACAACCAUACAUCUGACUUUAAACUUUCCACCCUUGAUUUUAAGAAAUCUUUACAUGUUUUGGACUCAGUUAAAGAUACCGGUGAGAUCAAUAAAAACUCGCUGAACUGUUCCCUCACUGUUCCCCCUAAAGGCUUGAGUGAAAUAAAACACUCCUACCUGCUCUGUAAAAUACUCACAAUAAUGUUUUUAUUGCCACGUUGAGGACUGACAGCAUGUCCGACUAAGAUGGAUCAAAUACCAGUGAACAAUUUUGAUGGUGAUGUUUGGUUUGAUUGACACUGAGGAUUAUUGCAUUCUUAGCGGUAACAGUCACAGAUUAAACUGUUGCUCACUGUACAGAAAUACCUUAUGUGAGUUCAUUAAUCUCCUCAUAUUUCCUAAUUCCUCAUGUAUGUUGGUGAGAAGCUCUGCAACAGUCUGACAGUCCUUCAGAGUAAAAGCCUGUUUUGACAAAUCCAAUUAGAGGAGCUUUUUUGGUGGAAAAAAAAAGUUAUUUUUGAUCCCUCCCUGCAGAAGGCCUGUUGGCUGGAACAUGUUUUUCCUUGAAAUUGAAUGAAAGUCUUUUUGAUAAUUUGAUAAAAAGAGAAGCCGUCAUAGUACCUUCCACAAUUGAGCUUCAGAAAAAACGUUGAGAUGUUUAUCCAGCCUCUGGCUGUGAAAAAACAGCUACCUCCAGCUGCUUCUGUUUAUUCCAGGCUGUGACGCUCAGAGAUUUAUUUCAACUUUGCUUCUUUGAAAUGGCAGUUUAUCAGUAACUUGGUAGCUGGCUCUCUUUGCAUCAGAAGGCUGUUUUUGAAACUUUGACUGAAGAUCAGUCACCUGAUCAAGACUUUACAAACUUCACUUUUGCAUGUUGAGUCAGUCUCCAGUUUUGUGAUUGUUCUGAGUUGAUAAUUUAAAUGAAUAUUUUGUGUUAACCAGAGCUUCAUUUUUACUUAUUAAAACUUUGUUCUAACUAAGAACAGUUAUCAGAGUUAUUACUGAGUUAAUUAGGUUGAAACCAUUGAUGUUUUGACGUCAGAGCAGAUGCUGUGAGCUUUACUUUAUCUUCCACUUCCAGAGUGUUUUAAAGCAUUUAUGUUUUUGAGUAAACCACACAGUAGCUGAUUUAUGCAGGAUGCUGCAUUAGCUUUGGUUGAAAGAGGAAGAGUUACAGAAAAACAAAAAGUGGCCGGCAGGACUGUCAAAAGCUGCAGACGGAGAAGCCACAGCAGUACUCAGACUUUUUUAGACACAGGGAACUAUCAGAAUAAAGGGUUUUGGUGGCUUUUCUGAUGGAUGCAUGUUAACUGUAUUAUCACUGUUAAUAUCAAUCUUCUUACCCAGCCGAUCAUCUAUAAUGUGUCCAAGCCUCGUCUUCAUCCUGAGCAUCAUGAUUCAGUAAGACCUUGGGAACUGGAGUAGUGAAGUAGUCAGAGAGGUGACACUCCAGACAUAUCCGCUGGUGGAAGUGCUUCACUGAGCACACCAUAAGUCACUCUUAUGGGGUGACCUCUCAGAACAGAGUGCUGGGUCUGCUGCCUCUGAGAGGAAACUCCAACAGUCCAGGAGCUAAUUUGUGAGAGGAUGGUGGCCUGAUGAUGACACAUGUGCACUUGUGUCUCACAUGAAAAAACAGACCAAAGGAUUUCAUGAUGGUCUCUUUGUCAGUGGCUACUAUGUGUUUUUGUAGACCUCUUUCGCGGCAAAAUCAAUGGGAAUUUUUAAGAACCUCUAGUUUGGAUCACAGCUUUAUUUGUCUCAUCAAUAAAUAAGACAAACCUGGUUUGUAAAGAUGGAUACUUUUCAUGUGUUUUCUUUGGAUAACUGGACCAUGUUUGGUUUGAGAUUUAGCUGAGACUGGCUGUCUGGCCUGCAGUACAGUGAAUGAAACUGUCUCUGUUUAAUAUAUUCUGACAGGCUUUUUUAUUCUGUGCGUCGGCUAGCCCCGGGAAUAAACAAGAAGACAGAGAGACAGAGAUAUCACAGUCAGUUUUCAUACACUGAUAGUCUCUUUCAGCCUGACACUCCCACUUGUUCCCUCUCCUUCUCCCCUCCAUUUAUAUCCGUGAUUCUUCAUUACAUCUAUUAAACUGUAAUUAAAUCCCCUCUUCAUCUGAUUACAGCCCCAUCUCUCCCUCUGCCCUGGCUGAGCUGCUGGAGCUCCAGGAAACAGGACACAUCUCGUCUUCGGCUGCCAAGCAGGUCAGACAGCUGCACAGAGCGUGCAAUUAUCCCCUUCUAUCCGUCACUCAAAACAAACAGCCCAGCCAGCGCCUGUUUGCUUUCAGCUUCUCACCUUUUUCCUCCUGGUUUCUCAGGUGUUUCAGGAGAUGUGGGCUUCACCUGGUAAGACGGCUUCGCAAAUCAUCCAGGAGAAGGAGUUGGGUCUUGUUAGCGACGCUUCACAUCUGCAUAAUAUCUGCCAGAAGGUGGUCGACUCACACCCUGAUGAGGUGAAAGUUAAUUAUAACCUUUAUUUAUUAUCCAGAGACGUUGAGGGGUCACGUAAGUGCCAUCAUAUUUGCUAUAUACUGUGGUAAUUCUUUGCUGUGUUUCUCUGUAGGUUCAGGCCAUCAGAAACGGGAACAAGAGAGUGCUGAACAAGCUGAUGGGGCUGGUUCAGAAAGAAACCAAAGGCAGAGCUGAUCCAGUCUUAGUGAGAAAAAUCUUAGAAGAGAAGACUUCUUGAUCAUCAGACUGUCCAUUCAUCACAAAUGUGACAAAUUUAUGACAGGAAAUGACAAUUCAGAUGACCAUGUCCAUUUUACACGGCAGUAUAUCUGUGUAAAAUGGAUAUACUGCCGUGUAUAUGCGAGUCGGUGAGAUUAGUGAUGAAGCUGAAAGAAGUUUCCUGAGAGAUUUUUUGUAAAUGCUGAAGGAAAUUUGUACUGUAAAAGAACCGGUUUCUCCUGUAUUUAUUUGUGGUUCAGAAAGUAAUAAAGUUGUUUUAUUUAAAAAAAAACUU